CAUGCGCACUCGUUCAAAGGUUGGCGCGUCAAUAACAUCCUUUGCAUCAAGUGGACGUUGAUAGCAAAGUUCUGCAAAAAACUGGCCCUGAACCCGACGAUAAUACGCCAUAUCUCACAAAAGACUUUCAAAAGGAGUACAAAGCCAUAGCUCGUCUUAUUUUGUCAGAGAAAGCAGGAAAGAGAACCAUUUCGCGAUCCUGUUAUGUUUGUUGCUAGGGACUUGAAAUGGUAAAUAAGAAAUUAAGGCCUACCUGCUAGGCCCAUAUUUGAUUGCAGAAAAGUUAUUUCAUGGAUUGCUGAAAAGUUAUUGUCAUUUAAUGGAUAUUUGUAUUAUUCCUGUUUGAGUAGAAAAAUCCUGGUGGUUCCACGCUUGCUUCUUUUAGAAAUUGUAACUUUUUCCAAGCGAGUUUUUCUGUUCCUGGUCAGCAAACAAGUGUGGCAACCAAAAGUGAGAUUAUUUCCGUUGGAAGUAUUGGAGGAAUAUUGAAUUUACAAAUGGAGGGGUGAGAGCUGGAAAUAUCGAACUUGCCAAAAGAUUAAAAAUAAUGGCCGUUUACUUUGACUAUCAAAUUAAAGCACCCAAUAUUGGAAGACACACGACAAUAUCUUGUCACUGUCAAUACCCACUUGUAGCUGUUGCAUCGAUCAAUGAACCAGAUGCUGGAGGUUCAGUUACUUUGUACCUAGAUGAGGGUGAAUUUCUGGAAGACUCAACAAUUCAGAGAUCAACUCAUGCUAACUCAUUGGCAUGGCAUCCCUCUCGAAAGAUAUUGGCAACAGGGUGGGAGAAUGGAGAAGUUUUAAUCUGGAAUGAGAUUGAUCAUGAGUUGCAUGAGACGAGCAUUCAUCACAAAGCAGCUGUAACAACUGUAGUUUGGAAUUCUUCAGGAACAAGAUUAGCAAGUGCUGAUAUUAAAGGGACUGUUAAUAUUUGGAAGAUUGAUCAGAGAGGAAGACUACAACAAUCACCUCUUUACAAGCACGAUGUUGAUUCAAAAGUUACUCAGUUUGUCUUCCAGUAUUCCAGAGCUGACAAAUCAGGAAUGGAUAUUGUGUCAGCAGCAAAAGCAGCUGUGAGUGGUGAUGAAAAAGCUCUUGAUAUGUUUGCUUGGUCAAAGUCAAACUCAGCUGGAAAAUUUGGUUUUGCAUCGUCAGAUACAAUACAGUCAAUAUUUGGCACAGUGGAAGGCAAGGUUUAUCAAAUCGAUGAAAAGGGUCAUUGCUCCGAGCGAUUUACAACUGAUGGUCCUGUGAAGUUUUUGUUCUACUACGAAGGGCGAGAUGUUGUGCUUUCUGUCACAGAAUCGUUAAUGCUGAUGCAACAUAGAAUUGACGCUAAUGGUGGUGUCAAUGAAUUGUCCAAGGUUAAACUUAGUGGUCAGCCCUCAAAAAGUACCAUAGUCUGGUCGGGACAUGGUAUCUUAGCAACUGCGUCUGGGGAACAAGUUGUCCGGGUUCUCGAUGUGGAUAACGACGAGAAUUAUGUUUUGUCAUUGGACGGCCAUUCUGGAUUUCAGUCUGGUGAUAGCAUCAAUUGUCUUUCAUAUUCUCGAGAGAAAGAUAUACUAGCUGGCGGCACCAGCAUGGGUAAGGUCGCGAUGUGGCAUUACAACGGCAACUUUGGCAGUAAAUCAGAUGGUCGAUUGAAAGAUGACAGUUUAUGGGAGCUAAUGGCUCCGUGUGAAGCAGGGCUGCCUGUUGUCGAAUUGCAGUGGGGCGCAAGUAAAGGAUUUCUGGCUGCCAAUUGUGAAUCGACUGUUACGCUUUUAAAUGAAGCUGUGAUGAAUGCCCACUUUAAUCAGCAGGUCGGAGCAGUUCAAGUCUCUCCCAGUCACCUGUGCGUUGACUUUUUUGCAACAAAUUUUGUUCAUGAUUUAAAGACAGAUAUUCAAAUCAAAGGUGUCUAUGUUACGAAAAGCCACACGACCAUUUGGAACGGGAAGAAAGUAGUGGUUUAUGAAGUUGCCCAAAAUAAAUCAUUCGUGCGAGUUGCAGGCACCUUCAACUCUGACGCAACAACUGUUUCAGUAUUCGAGCAAAAUGUCUACUUGCUGGAACCUGGUAAAAUCUCAAUUAGAACUUUCCAGGGGACAGUUAAACAAGAAUUGAGUUUUUCUGAGCAUGAUGGUGACCCAGUUUCCUUGAAUCUCUGUGGCGCAUUUAUGGCUGUGGCCACUGAUAAAGCUGUCUUAAAAAUUUUUGAUCUUUCAAGAAGGGAAGCAAGACAACACGGUCCUUCAAAGAACGUUGGCAGCAGCGUGGGCACAAUUCAUAAAAUCAAAUCUGCUCACAGCAACUGUAGCGGAACCAAAGUCAGCUUCAUUUGCGCAAUGGCAAACGGAUCGACAGACCCAACACUCUAUAUCUGGGAUGUAGAAGCGGAUCAAAUACAGACAUUCAACUUCAGGACCGGCCAAGGCCAAGAGGACCUAGACGACAAUGUAAUAAGUGCCCAAGAGCAGCUGACGGCAGAUAUCAAAGAUCGUUGUCCAAAGUCUGUCUUGUGGAGUGAUAGUGAGCCCCAGUUGUUUUUGUGUGAGGCGUCUUUAGAUAACGGAAGAAGGUCGUCUGUUACGCAGAGCAAAUCAACUACCUCAUCUCAGAAGGACAACAAAGAUAGAAAUUCCAUCAAUACAUUGGAUGAUGUCAUAAUCGUUACCCUGUUCAGCUCCCCGGAUAGUGGCAUAGUCAUUCAAGACCAUUUCCCCAUGGAAUCAUCAUACGCCGCGCUCAUUGGCAUGGAAGUUCCUUACUACUUUUUCGUAAAGAAGACUAUUGAUAAUGAACCAACGUCAUCAUCAACAAGCACAACCGACCAGGCCAGUAAACAUUUGAUUGCCAGAAAGACUAUGCGAGAUUUCGUUGGGCUGGAAAAUGUUGACAGCACCUCAAAAGAUGCUAUGAUUAGGUUUAGUUAUUUAUCAGCAAUUGGAAAUAUGGACGAGGCUUUCAAGGCGAUAAAAGCAAUCAAAAGUGGCUCUGUUUGGGAAAACAUGGCGCGGAUGUGUGUGAAAACUAAACGCCUAGAUGUUGCAGCGGUCUGUCUUGGAAACAUGGGCAACGCCCGAGGCGCAAAAGCACUGAGGGAAGCUCAGAAGGAGCCAGAGUUUGACGCCAGAGUGGCAGUGUUGGCAGUUCAGCUUGGGAUGUUGGAAGAAGCUGAGAGAUUAUAUAAACAAUGCAAGCGAUUUGAUUUGCUGAAUCAACUAUAUCAAGCAUCGAAUUCCUGGUCAAAGGCCCUUGAGACAGCUGAACUGCACGAUAGGAUACACUUGAGAACCACGUACUACAAUUAUGGAAAGUAUUUAGAAUCUGUUGGGAAUUAUGCAGGUGCAAUUCAACAAUUUGAACGUUCAGAUACCUUCCGUUUUGAAGUACCUCGUAUGUUAUUUGAAGACACUUCACAGCUGGAGUCCUACAUUCUCAAAUCGAAAGACAGGCCUCUGCGGAAAUGGUGGGCGCAGUACAUGGAAAGCGUCGGCGAAAUGGAAGCUGCGUUGCAAUUUUAUGAGUCUGCACAGGAUCAUUUGUCAUUGGUGAGAGUCAACUGUUAUUGUGGAAACCUAAACAAGGCUGCUGAUAUUUGCAAUGAAACUGGCGACAAAUCGGCUUGUUAUCACCUCGCACGACACUUCGAAAGCCAGGGUGACUUCAAAAGUGCCAUACAUUAUUUCUCACGCGCCCAAGCCUACGCUAAUGCAAUCCGGCUUGCAAGGGAGAAUGAGAUGGACAACGAGUUAAUGAACUUAGCCUUGCUUAGCUCUCCAAAUGAGAUGCUCGAGGCUGCCAGGUAUUAUGAGAAUAAUCCGUCAAUGCAAGACAAAGCUGUUAUGUUAUACCACAAGGCUGGCAGCAUGUCAAAGGCGAUUGAAAUUGCUUUUAAGACUCAGCAAUUUGGUGCCCUACAGUUAAUCUCUGAAGACUUAGAUGAUAGAACAGAUCCAGAGAUGUUAAAUAAAUGUGCUGAAUUUUUCAUCGAGCACGGCCAAUUUGACCGGGCUGUCAACCUGCUUAUAGUCGGCCACAGAUUCCAGGAAGCUUUGGAGAUGUGUAUUGACAAUCACGUGACGGUCACUGAGGAGUUGGCCGAGAAGAUGACACUGCCUAAGGACCACGAAGAUCAAGAAUACCGGUUGAAGGUAUUGGAGAAAAUUGCAGAAUGUGCAUUUAGGCAAGGCUCUUAUCAUUUGGCCACAAAGAAGUUCACUCAAGCCGGAAAUAAAAUCAAGGCAAUGAAAUCUCUGCUGAAAUCUGGAGACACGGAGAAGAUUGUUUUCUUCGCUGGAGUUUCAAGACAAAGAGAAAUUUAUGUCAUGGCUGCAAAUUACUUGCAGUCUUUGGAUUGGCGAAAAGACCCAGAGAUAAUGAAGAAUAUCAUUGGUUUUUACACAAAAGGCAGAGCGUUGGAUUCGCUUUCGUCCUUCUACGAAGCAUGCGCACAGGUUGAGAUUGAUGAAUAUCAAAAUUAUGAAAAAGCUUACGGUGCGUUGACGGAAGCAUACAAGUGUAUGUCGAAGGCGAAAAUGAAAAACAAGGUGCAGCAGGAAGAAAAGAUGGCAAACCUCAAGCAGAGAGCCGGACUAAUCAAAAAAUUUAUUCAAGGCAAAAAAACAUACGAAGAUGAUCCACCGGAGGCAAUGCGGCAGCUGAAAUUGCUACUCGAAGACCCAGACGUCGAAGAUGGAAUUCGAGUUGGCGAUGCCUAUGGGUUUAUGGUUGAGCAUUACGCAAAAGCCCAGGAUUAUAACCAGGCCUACGCUCUGAUGAAGGAGCUUCGACAACGCGUGCCUUCCGUAAACAUGGCAUACUACGUACCGAUCAAAACAAUAGAAGCAGUGCACAAGGCAUUAGAGAUACCUCUCGGCAGAGGCAUCGGGGCUGACACGCAGAAGAACGGCUACAUUAACGGAAGCAACGAAGAGCCGGACGAAGAAGAUGAAGAUUUUGUGGAGGAAGAAGUUCCUGAUGAUAUCGAAGAUGAUGAUGAUUAUAUAUGAAAAUAUUAAUGAUCGCAUCGGUUCUAAUUUCAGGAAAUCUCAGAGUUGUGCUGUCGAUCUUCAUGUUGGACAAGCAUUGACUUACCGGUCGCAAUAGCUAACAAGAUUUGUUUAUUGAAGUGAAAGACCGGGCGUGCCUGGCACAGCAUGUUGGCAUUGAGGCAGUUUGCAGGGUAAAGAUCGCCCUGAUCCCGACAAUUCCUUUCAUUUUUUGAAAAGAAACUGGGGUAUUCACUGCAAAGAAGUAAAUUGUAUGAUAUGGCAGAAAGAUUUCGUAGUUGUCUGUGAUUCUUCAAUUGGUGUUCAGUGAUAUUUGUUAAUAUGACGUUCAAAGUUGCACUUAAUUAUAUUCUUCAAAUUUGUAAAUUUAGUCUACUUUAACAAAUAGAUGCAAUUGUCUAUGAGAUCUGAAUAGUA